UUUAAAAUAAAAAACAUGUGGACUUAAAAUAACUAUCUGUUAAUAUUUUUAUUGGUCGUCUUUUUCUGAUACACGUCUCCUCAGGUCGGCGAUUUCAAUCUGGAAUGGCGGUGUUCGCUGGGAUCACGACUUCGAAUCCUACGUUUCUUCAGCUAAGGAUCUCCACCACGAGCUUACGUUAUGCGGCUCCGUGUAACUCGGUUUCAUUUCCUCGUUCUUCGUCGUUCGUGAAUCUCAAUAGGAGAACCCGUCUCUAUGUUCGAUCCAGUUCAGCUCCAGUGGCACCUGCAAUGGAGGGACUGAAGCCAGCGAUAUCUCUGACGGAUAGUGCUCUCAAGCAUCUGAAUAAGAUGAGAUCAGAACGCGGGGAAGAUCUGUGUUUGAGGAUUGGUGUUAAACAAGGAGGUUGCUCGGGGAUGUCUUACACCAUGGACUUUGAGAACAGAGCCAACACUAGACCAGAUGAUUCCACCAUUGAGUACCAAGGUUUCGCUAUAGUUUGUGAUCCGAAGAGCAUGCUAUUCCUUUUCGGAAUGCAGCUUGAUUGCAGUGAUGCUUUAAUCGGUGGAGGCUUCUCUUUCUCGAACCCUGACGCUACACAAACAUGCGGAUGUGGAAAGUCUUUUGCUGCAGAGAUGUGAAACCGUUAUAGUGCAGUCGAACAUAUA